AGAGCACAGGUUUUUAAAGGAAACUGUCCCAUUAAUACCAGACCUGAAUGAGCAGUUACAAAUACAACCUUUAAUUCCAGGUUAGAAAUGUAAUACUUUCAUCUAACCAAUGAAACAUAUUUUUAAUGCAAAUUAGUUAUGUGAACAAUGGAUGGUGGGUUCUUAGCUUCAUUAGUCUCACAUAACAUUCCAUUGAACUUAGGUUCUGUCAAACUAAAUGUCUGCAGUGAUGGGCCACACUUCAGUAUUUACAUUAAGUUGAUAAGACUGGACUGAGUGUCGACAGACAGAUCUUUUGGACAGCGAAAGAUGCGGUGGCAGAGAUUGUACAGAGGGCAAAGGAUGACUACUGGAGCUCAAAGGUCGAAUCAUGUGCAUCAACCAAGGCGUUGUUCAGCGCUAGUAACCGUCUCCUUGGCAACAGCAAGAAUUUCACCCUCCCUACCGACAUUGCACCAGAGCAACUCCCUGACGCCUUUGCGGACUUUUUCAUCACCAGGGUGCAAACGAUCAGGGAGGAGCUAGACAGCGCGACCCCUACACCUUCCUCACCGUUCUCGGAGGACGUUAGUCAGACAGAAUCAUUUGAUAGUUUUCUGCCUGUGACUGAGGAUGAGGUGAGGCGAGUCAUCAUCAGGUCUGCUCCCAAGUCUUGUGCCCUCGAUCCUAUCCCCGUCCCACUGCUUGUAGAAUGCCUUGACGUCCUCCUCCCAGCACUCACCUCCAUCAUAAAUUCUUCGAUUCUCUCUGGCAUAUUCCCUCCCAUUUUUAAACGGUCGAUUGUCCUGCCCCUCCUAAAGAAACCCUCACUUGAUCCAAACACACUCAAGAAUUACCGCCCCGUCAGCAACCUCUCCUUUCUCUCAAAAAUCAUAGAAAAACUCAUACUCUCUCAGCUCUCUGGCUAUCUUCAUUCUCGCAAUCUCUAUCCUUCCUCUCAGUCCGCCUACCGACUUGGUCAUAGCACAGAAACAGCACUGGUCCGAGUCAUGAGUGACCUCCUGCGCGCGAUGGACGAUGGCAAACUCUCUAUUCUCACUCUGUUAGAUCUCUCUGCUGCAUUUGAUACCAUUGACCACCAGAUUCUUCUUGACCGCCUUCAUCUUUCUUUCGGACUUACUGGCUCAGCUUUAAACUGGUUUCAAUCAUAUCUUUCUGACAGAACUCAAAAAGUCUCUAUUUCCAACCGCUCUUCCAAACCUUCAGCCCUGUCUAUUGGAGUUCCUCAAGGAUCGGUCCUUGGGCCGGUCCUUUUCAUCCUCUACACUAAACCUCUAUCAUCUCUCAUUAGCCACCACUCAGUUUCCAGUCAAUCCUUUGCUGAUGACACUCAAAUCAGUGACUCUUGCUUUCCUGAUCAACUUGAUGCCACAAUCCUUCGCAUACAGGAGUGCGUGGACGAUGUAAAGCGUUGGAUGACUUGCAACAAACUGAAGCUAAAUGAUGAUAAAACGGAAAUCCUUCUCAUCCACUCUCAAAACAAACCUCUCCCUCCAUUCGCUCCUUCUUCUAUAUCUAUUGGCAACUCUGACAUCACACUCUCUCCCUCUGCCAGAAACCUUGGAGUCACGCUUACGGACACCCUCUCCAUGGACAAACAUGUCACGAAUAUAUGCAGAUCAGCAUAUAACGAAAUUAGAAAAAUCAGCACCAUUAGACACCUCCUCUCCUUUGAUGCCACAAAAACUCUCGUCUCUUCACUCAUUCUUUCAAAAUUUGACUACUGUAACAUUCUUCUCUCAGGCAUUCCUCAACACCACAUAGAAAAACUUCAGAAGGCACAGAACUCAGCAUGCAGACUCAUUUUUAAAUCAAAGAAACAUGACCACAUUCAACCACACAUGCGGCAACUCCACUGGCUUCCAAUAUCCUCUCGCAUCAAAUACAAGUCUGCCAAUCUUUGCUUCAACUCGUUCACUGACCCUCACUUUCCUGUCUAUCUCUCUGAACUGUUGCUUCCUUACAUCCCCACAAGACAACUACGUUCUUCCAUUGACAGUAGAACCCUCUCAAUCCCAAGAACUAAAACUAAGACCAUCGGUGAACGCUCCUUCUGCUUCCAUGGGCCCACGUUCUGGAACCAGCUCCCCUUCCAUAUACGUCAUAGUGAAACCUCGUCCAUUUUCAAAAAGUCCCUUAAAACUCAUCUGUUUAGGUCCGCCUAUGACCUGUGAUGCACCCUCCUUGCCCUGCCUCAUUUUCUGUCUCGGGUUGAUCCUGUAGUAAAGGCCAAAACGUGCCAAAGUGUCCUCGUUUUAUAGCCAUUUUAAUUGUUUCUAUAAUAUAAUAGUUACUAUCCUAGUGUCUCAUUUUUAUUUUACUUAGUUUACAUGUUUUUAAUAAUUGUAAAGCGCUUAGAGCUUUAUGAUAAGCGCUAUAUAAAAAUGCCUAAAUAAAUAAAUAAAUAAAUAAAAAUUAAUUCAUAAUUACUUGAAUAGACUAAAUUGAAUUACGUUCAGGGAGCUCAAGGUAUUUGUUGAACUAUCCUGAAGUUCUUGAAAUAAGAACAAAACACAUUAAAUUCUGUAUUCUUUUUUAGUCUGUUAAUUGAGGGCUUAUGGUGAUGGGCAAGGAAGAAUGUGGAAUCGGCUGUCUUUCCUAAACCUUUGAUUCUCAUGUGGUUGUCUUUUAGGUUUUGCUCCUGAACUUUGAAACUUGCAUGUUAGUUUCUCAUCAGUCCUCAACCCAUUGUUGGGGAAGCACUACUUUGAGCUUUCUACAUUUCUGUUGCAUAAAAUAAAUAACAUAAAUUAGGCACUGGAACUCAUUUUGUUGCUGCAUCUUGGGUCUUAUUGAUACAACUAAACAGCCACUAGCACCAUAAUUGAUGAACUUAAAAAAUAUCUUACCACUUGAGACAAGGGUGUCUAUGCAGGUUAGGAAAGGAAGCAGCCUUCCCCCCGCCCCCCUUUGGGCCACUGCCUUUGAAUUACUUCAGGUAGCAAAAUUAGUAAGGAAAAGGAAAAAAUACAAAUACUAUUUUUUUAUUAUAUUAUAUAAUUUUUUAAAUACAAUUUUUUUUUGGGGUGGGGGGGGGGGGAGAUUUUGUUUGGAGUGAAAAAAAUGGUAAUUGUUUUAGCUGGGAAUUGAACCUCUCAGGUAUAUGGAGAGGCAGAAAUAUUUUUGUCAGCUCCACUGCGAUCUCUGUCAUUAACCCAACUAGGCAACACAAAUGCUUGUAACCGCAACAUAACUGUUAAACAGUGGGGCAACAUAACUGAAGAAGAGUGGGUCAGCAUAGCUUGUACAAGAGUGGGGCAUCAUAGCAGGUAGAAGAGUGUGGCAAAAUAUCUGUAGAAGAGUGGGUCAAUAUAGCUGGUAGUAGAAUGUGGCAACAUAGCUGUAAAACAGUUGGGCAACAUAACUGAUACAAGAGUGGGGCAUCAUUGCUGCUAGAGGAAUAGGGCAUCAUUACUGCUAGAAGAAUAGGGCAUCAUUACUGCUAGAAGAAUAGGGCAUCAUUACUGCUAGAAGAAUAGGGCAUUAAUCUUAUCAAAGUAUUUUUAUAAAUUAAAAAAUUCAAAUAUUAUUUUAAAUUAAUUUUUUAAAUAAAGUUUGUAGCUCAGAGCAGAAUGGAAUUUUACCAGCUCCAGGCAAAAAGACCCUGCUCCAAAGCUGCAGUAUGGAAUGAGAAAUGUUUUGACUGCACAGUGCAAAAUGUGAAUUUUAAGAAUUUAAAAAAAAAAAUUAAAUUAUUGGCCCACUUAAAUUAAUUUUUUGAAAAAUCACUGGAUUUGAUAUUUUGAUUUGUUGAAAAAUAUAAAGAAUUAUUGAGCUAGUAGUGAAAAUGUAAUAGUUUGUUAACAAUAUUGUUAUUGAAUAGUCAACAAAGUUCUAACAAUUUUUUGACUGUAAAUAGUUGUAUUACUAAAAUUAAUCAAAGUGCAUUUCUGAAUCAAACACCACUCCCAUGACUGGCAUGACUCACACAUAGAAUUUAACAAAACCAAGGUUUGGGGGGAAGUGGGGUUUGCUUCCACCACUCGAGGAUGGGAGAUAGACGCCACUGACUGAGACUAGCCUUUGCCCACCCAUAGGUCAAAUCAUUGAAUUCUUUUUUUUUUUUUGAAAUUGAAAACUGUUACUGUCAAAUGAUAACUUUGGUAAAACAUAAGAUAUUUUAUUUUUAUGAGUUUGCUUUACUUUGCUAUUGCAAAUAAAAUUAUUUGUCUUUCAGUUAUUGAAAAUUUACAUUUUAUUGCAAGAUUUAGAGAUGCCCAAUCAAAAUUGUGCAAUACAAGAUGCAAUGAAACAAAAACAUUCAUCGGGUGUCUCAAAUAGUCUGUCCAGAUUUGAAACUGACUAUGAGCAAGUAAAUAAGCUUGGCGCUGGAGGAUUUGGGGAAGUAUUCAAGGUAAGUUAUACUUUGAAUUUAUAAGUAGUAGAAUUAUUAAUUGUUCAGUAAACUCAAAUAACAGUGAAGUAAAUGGGUUGGGAGAAGUUUAACCUCAUUAUUCUUCAUCAUUUAUAAAUAGGUGAACAACUUACAUUAUGCUUCAUUAUUUGUAAAUAGUACAACAACCUACGUUAAGCUUCAUCAUUUGUAAAUAUGGAACAACCUACAUUGUAACCAUUUUAGAAUAGAAAUCACUGAACUUGAUGCUUUGAAGUUCAUUUUAUGAAAUGGCAUUCCAUUUCCCCAUACUCACUCCCCCUGUCCGGGUGAAAUAAUGGUCAACUUUUUGGAGCAGAUUACAAGUUGGCCCUAUCCUAAAAGAAUAAGCAGUGGGAAAGUAAUUGUUGGAUUGAAACACCACAAUUAAUAGGGUGUAUAGUUUGUUCAUUGUUAGAUACGCUUAGACAGCCUCAAUAUUAUAUUGCAGCUGUAAAGAUGAUUCCUAACCUGUGUAGGUCUGUAUGUUACUUCUAGUCUAGCCAAACGCUGAACCAAUUACCUGUUUGCCAAUUUUCCAAUGUUUUGCAAAGAAUCAAUUUAUGGCACUGUCUCCCAGAUAACCAGGGAUUAGGCGGAGGUAUGUUACCUGACUAAUACUUGACCAGAGGUCAGGCAACAGCCUCAUAUUUGUUCCAUUAAACCUGCUGCUUUUCAGCCUGCUCCUCUGUAAGUUUCCAUUAAAUGAAAAUUUUGCAUCACUUUGCCAAACAGCAGUGGCCAACAACAGUGUCCAUUUAACAUGUUCAUCAAUGUGCAACAAGUGGCAUUGCAGAGAAGAUUGGAUUAACCAGACAUAUUUUUUAUGUCUCAUUGUGUUUGUGAUUUGUAUUUAUUUGUUGAAUAUAAAUUCAAACAGAUUCCAUCAUGUGUUUUAGUCUUUGGAGCUUAUUAACAUUUUCAUUUACAAUUUUGUUGUUAGGUAAAGCACAUACUUGAUGGGGAAUGUUAUGCCGUCAAAAGAAUUAUUCUUGACCCUAAUAGCAAAGAUUAUAAAAAGAUAAUGAGGGAAGUAAAAAUGCUAUCCCGUCUCAAGCAUGACUAUGUUGUGAGGUAAGCCAUAGAUUUAAUGCUCUGCUUUGUUCAAGUUUAAAAUUCAGACAGGCCCCCAUUAAAGUUUCAGUCAGGUCAAUUUAGACCAUUGUUUUCAAACUUUUUUCUUAUGGAGGUGUCAUAAUCUAAACAUAAUCUCUGUGGCACAUCUCAUACCUUUUUUAAUUUAAGCCAUAUAUGUAAAUCAACAAUAAAAAAAAAAUGUAAAAGACUUGAAGUAACUUUUAAACUUUAAAAAAUGUAUUUGACAUCAAAAAAGGCAAAUAGCUUUACAUAGAAAUCACCCUCAUUAAAAUUACUCAAAAUUAAAACAAUUUUAUCUUUGAACGCUUAAGUAUUAAUUUAAAAUAUUUAAAUGGCAAAUCAUAUACAUAAGUUAAUAAUUUGAGGAGCAUGAAACAUCUCAACUGGAUUUUCUCUUGGCUAUAUGGUCUUCUAUUUUUUCUGCAUGUCAUUGGAGUGCAUCGUAUUAACUCUUCCUUUACAUCUUACACCAUUAAUACUUAUGACAUUAAAAGAGUUAAUUUGAUUUAAGAAUUUCGUUCAUAAACAUUUUAUGAUCUAAUAGAAACUAACUUUUAUUAUAAACAUUUCUAGAAUUUAGUAGAAUAUAUUGGAUACUUUGUAAAUGAGCGAAUGUACUUGUCUAUAAUUAUGGGUUAAUUAAUUAAAUUAAUUUAGAUUGAUACCUCUACAAUGUGUCCAAAUGUAAAAUGGAUUUGGUUUGAUGAUAUUCUAGAUGUAGAUUCAAGAUAACUAGAAAAUUAAUAAAUGAUAUAUAAUGUUGUGAGUCAGAAACAAUUCUAAAUGAAGCAAAUAAUUUCAGUCUUAAUUAAACACAAUUUUAUUUUGUUAACAUUUAAAUGAAGAGAUUGACAUUCCAGGUGAUAAUUUUUUAAAUUUGCGAUGCAAAAUAGAUUCCUGAAUAUUCACACUGUGGUCAGAUAAAUACGAAUGUUCUUUAUUGAAAUUUUCAAGGUAAGGCUUAAUUUUUUUGAUAAUUACUUUAUAUAUAUAUUUUUGUUAUUAUUUGAUUCAGAUAUUUCUUUUCAUGGAUUGAAUACACAAAUGAACAAAUAACACCUGAAAAUAGGAG